GGGGAAAGCAGAAGGAAGGAGACGGAAGAGGCGGGACGAGGGAUUCAGUAGCGCGAAUUUGGAAGUGGAUAAAAGGAAGAGAAAUCUUAACUUCCCAGUUCGCCACGUGGCCCUGGGCGCAAGUUUCGAAAAGUCAGCGGCGGGACUGGAUUACAUUUUAAACCGUCGUCUCCGAUCAUUUUCUUCUUCGUUGUCCUCCGAAAGCGUAUUCUGGUGCUAGCUGGCCGUUUCUCCGAUCAUCUUCGCCAUAAAGUUCCGGCCAACAAUUGGUGGAGCCUUCCUCCAGGCUGAUUGGUUGAUUAAUCGUCAGUAGCAAGAUGACUGCCUCAAGUUUGGGAAGUUUCGAUGUUCAUCAUAUGGUUUCAUCAAUAUGCUUGUUGAAGUAUUCUCUUACCUAGGUCUAUUUCAUUAUGUAGCCCGAAGUAGGUUGUAAUUCAGGUCAUAUCUCCUAACCCGACAGUCUUGGUAAGUGCAGCAAUGGGAGGCGAUGUAGUGAAGGCUGAAUCACCUAGAAGAGUAUGGGUACCAGAGACGAAGAUCGAGUCGAAAAUGCUUGAUGCCAUGAAGCAGAGAGAAGCUGCAGGAUGUUCCUUGAGAUCAUUCAACAGCAUACUCUUGAAGUUCCCCAAGAUUGACAGUAGCUUAAAGAAAUGCAAAGCCAUAUUUGAGCAAUUCGAUUUGGACUGCAAUGGCACCAUUGAUCAUGAAGAGCUGAGAAGAUGCUUCGACAAGCUGGAAAUCUCUUUCACUGAAGAGGAGAUCAAUGAUCUCUUCGCGGCGUGCGAUAUUAAUGACGACUAUGGAAUGAACUUCCAUGAGUUCAUAGUACUUCUCUGCCUGGUGUAUCUUCUCAAGGCUGCUGCUGCUGUUGCUGCUGAUCCUAACAAACCGAAGAUGGGGAUGCCAAACUUGGAGGCUUCCUUCGAAACACUGGUCGAUGCAUUUGUGUUCUUUGACAAGAACAUGGAUGGCUACGUGAGCAAGAAUGAGCUGAUACAAGCCAUACAAGACUCAGGGGAACGUGCUGCUGGACGAAUAGCCUUGAAGAGAUUCGGUAAUUCUCUCCCUCCACCGCUCCACAUUGUUGUGUUGGAAGCUCGUUCGGCUUGUGGGUUUGAAUUGCUUUUAACUAUGAACAUGAUAAUGGCAGAGGAGAUGGACUGGGAUAAAAAUGGGAUGGUGAACAUCAAGGAGUUUCUGUUUGCUUUUACUAAGUGGGUUGGCAUUGAGGACGAUGAUGACGACGAAGAAGAAGAAGGUGAUGAGAAUGCCAAGGAUGUUUCCAGUCUCCCGACUUACCUUUUCUUCUCCGACAGUCCCCCGAGACUCUGGCUUCGUUUCCACCGCCUCUGCCCGGCGAUUACGUGCUGUUUUACGGUUCACUCUUCGACGGUGAAACAAAUAGAGAAGUCUGAGGAGGCUCGAGUACCUGCAGUUUUUGAUUCGAUAACAUUGUUCGCCAUGAUCUUUCGCUCGGGUACUUAUCGAGCAGCUCGGAGGUCAGCCGCUGAAGCCUUGGCCAGUGGUAGACCGACGGGCUGUCAAUAUGCCCACCAAGUGUUUGAUUUUUCGUUCUCCUCGUUGUCUUCAAGUGAUCACUCUCCUCGUUCUAGCUCUAACGUCAAUUUCCGUUCUCGUCCUUUUGAAAGACGUGAUUUUGAUGAUAAUGGUAAUGCUCAUUCCAAGAGGUUGAGGCAAAUGGGUGUUUCGGAUGUUGAGGUUAGGGCUGAUGAGGUUCUUGAAUCGGAUUGCUCUGAGGAGUUUGAGGAAUCAGAUGUAGACGGAGGAGACGAUGAUGAGAAAAGCUUUAAGGUGUUAGAUUCCUUCAACAGGGAUCGUGAGCAAAAGCAAGAGACAAUGAGAAUUGAGCUAGGGGAACAUGAACUUCGGCAUCCUUUGGUGAGGGAAGUCUGCAGGUUGAUUGAUCGUAGGUCAGCUUGGAAUCCUAAGAUGGAAGCGGAACUGAAGAACUUGCUCAGAAGCCUCAAGCCUCGACUAGUUUGUGCUGUUCUGCGAUCUCAAGCAGAUGAGAGAGUAGCUUUGAGUUUCUUCUAUUGGGCUGACCGCCAGUGGCGGUACAGGCACCACCCUAUAGUUUAUUAUGUGUUGCUUGAGAUGCUCAGUAAAACCAAAUUAUGUCAAGGUGCUAGGAGAAUAAUUGUGCUCAUGGCUCGCCGGGGUGUUGAACGACGGCCUGAAAUAUUUAGCUAUUUAAUGAUUUCAUAUAGUCGAGCUGGUAGGUUGAGGAAUGCAAUGCAGGUGUUGACAAGGAUGCAGAAAGCUGGCAUUGAACCUAACCUGCUGAUAUGUAACACCACUAUCCAUGUUUUGGUGUUGGCGAAUAGGAUGGACAAAGCAUUGAGGUUUAUGGAAAGGAUGCAACUUGUUGGUAUCACUCCAAACGUUGUAACGUAUAACGCUUUGAUCAAAGGUUACUGUGAUGUUCACCGAGUCGAAGAUGCUAUGGAGCUUAUAGCUGAAAUGCCAUUCAAAGGGUGUCCUCCAGACAAAGUGAGUUACUAUACUGUCAUGACUUUUCUUUGCAAAGAGAAGAGGAUCGAACAAGUGAGGAGCUUAAUGGAGACUAUGGUUAAGAGUAGCAAGUUGUUGCCAGAUCAGGUUACUUACAACAUUCUGAUUCAUGUUCUUUCCAAGCACCAACAUUCAGAUGAAGCACUUGUAUUUUUGAGGGAAGCAGAGGAAAGAGGGUUUCCAGUUGAUAAGGUUGAGUAUAGUGCAGUAGUUGACUCGUAUUGUAAGCAAGGUAAGAUGGACCGGGCAAAAGAAAUUGUGAAUGAAAUGUUGUCCAAAGGUUGUGCUCCUGAUGUAGUGACCUACACUGCUGUAGUUAAUGGACUUUGUCAAGUUGGGGAGGUCGAACAAGCUACAAGGAUGCUUCAGCAAAUGUACAAACAUGGCUGCAAGCCUAAUACUGUGUCAUAUACAGCUCUCUUGAAUGGGCUUUGUCGAAAUGGAAACUCAUCCAAGGCUAGGGAAAUGAUGAAUAUGAGUGAGGAAGAAUGGUGGACGCCGAACGCCAUCACGUAUAGUGUCGUCAUGCAUGGGUUAAGGAGGGAGGAAAAACUGUCUGAAGCUUGUGAUGUGGUGAGAGAGAUGGUUGGCAAAGGAUUUUUCCCUACUCCAGUUGAAAUUAAUCAACUACUCCAGGCACUUUGCAGUGGAGGUAAGGCGGAUGUUGCUAAGAAGUUCAUGGAGGAGUGUCUACAUAAUGGUUGUGCUGUGAAUUCAGUGAACUUCACUACUGUUAUUCAUGGGUUUUGUCAGAAUGAUAACUUAGAAGCAGCUUUGUCUUUGCUGGAUGACAUGUACCUGAGCAACAAGCAUCCUGAUGCAGUCACCUAUACUGCUGUAAUUGAUGCACUGUGUAAAAAGGGUAGAAUGGAUGAAGCUACCGAGAUUGCUACAAAGAUGCUUAAGCAAGGUGUAGAUCCUACACCCGUGACAUUUAGAACGGUGAUCCAUGGGUAUUGCCAAAUGGGUAGAGUGGAAGAUCUGUUGAAAUUGUUGGAUAAAAUGCUUUCACGACAGAAGAUCAGAACAGUGUAUAAUCAAGUAAUUGAGAAGCUAUGUAGGUUCGGAAACCCAGAAGCAGCUGACAAACUCUUGGGUAAUGUAUUGAGAACAGCCUCCAGAAUUGAUGCUAAUACAUGCCAUGUGCUAAUGGAGAGUCAUUUGAGUAAAGGAGUGCCUUUGUCUGCUUAUAAUGUUGCUUGUCGUAUGUUUAACCGCAAUUUGAUCCCUGACAUAAAGUUGUGUGAGAAGGUGAGCAAGAAACUGAAGGCAGAAGGAAAGUCAAAGGAGGCAGAUAGUCUUCUAUUGCGUUUUGUUGAGCGUGGGAGUGUUUCACCUCAACAUUUCCUGACUUUGGAAACCUAGUCAGUGUGGUGUGUAGAUAUUGUUGGACAAUCUGAAAAGUUCUUUCACUGAAGAGGAGAUCAAUGAGCUUUCUAAGGGACGUGGUAUUAAUGACAACUGUGGGAUGAACUUUCAUGAGGUCGUAGCACUUCUCUGUCUGGUGUAUCGUCUCAAGUAUGCUGCUGCCGAACAGAAUCUGUCAAAACCGAGUG